AUUUAAACCACCAUCGAAACUCGCGCUACUUCGUCACAGAGACUAUCAAGUGCAUCUGCUCUUACUAUUACCAGCGAACCCUUGGACGUUUAUCCUUCACCAUGAAGAGCUUCAUUCUGCUCCCAUUGAUUGCCGCAAUCGCGGUUGCUGCUCCGACACCGAAGCCUGACAACUUCGAGGCUGAUCCCUUGCUCACCGUUGGAGCCCCCAAAGACUCGUCUUAUGCGACUAAGCGGGCGACGUUUGAGGCCGACCCAUUGCUACAUAUUGGGAAUUCAGAUGAAUCCUCGUACGCAGAGAAGAGGGAUAACUUUGAAGCUGAUCCAUUACUUCAUGUCGGAAACUCGGAAGAGUCCUCAUAUGCCGAGAGGAGGGCUAACUUUGAGGCGGACUCUGAACUGCAGGUUGGGGAUAGUGACGAAUCUUCGUAUGCUCAGUAAAGGAGUCGCUGCUUUAAGUCUGGCCUAGAUAGGGUGAACGGUUACUUGCUCGCCCUGUACUUUGGUAUAGCAAUGGUCACUGUCUAGAUUUACUUUGAUAGGGUUCUGACGUACUUUUGAAAUU